ACAGAAAGAGAGGAAGAAGAAAGAAGCCUAAAGUCACAGUGAGCAGCUUGGCAAACUUCUCCUGAUCCUCACAUGGCACCCAGAGAGCCAGCGUGGGCUGGAAAGGCUGGAUUCUUUUCGCUCGUCAAAUCCAAGAGAACAAGAGACCAAGAAGAAAAGAUUAGAAGCAGAAUGGGAAUGUUCAUACAGAUGUGUGUGAAAGGAGAGAGGGAAGGCUAGAGGAAAGACAAUGUCUUCUGUUUCACAGAAGGAGAGACCUAGUGCCUCAGAGGUACAGAGACCUGUGGUCAACAUGACGGAGAUGCCAUCCUCUCCAGGGAUUGAGCACUGGGAGCAUGUGGACAUGAUGUACAUCUCUAUCGAGGGCACCAUCGCCCUGGCCUCAGUGAUGGGGAAUGUGCUUGUAAUUCUGGUGGUGAGCCUUAACCGGGCACUCAGGGACCCUACCUUCUGCUUCAUCGUGUCUUUGGCGCUGGCCGACAUCACCGUGGGCGCCCUGGUCAUCCCGCUGGCAGUGGUCAUCAGCCUGGGGCUGAAUACGCCGUUCUAUACCUGCCUCUUCCUCUCCUGUCUGCUUCUCAUGAUCACCCAAAGCUCCAUCCUGUCUCUACUGGCCAUUGCUAUUGACCGCUACCUGCGCAUCAAAAUUCCCACCAGGUAUAGCAUCAUUGUAACACAGCGGCGUGCAUGGGUAGCAGUGGGCCUGUGCUGGAUGAGCUCUGUUAUUACCGGAUUGGUUCCGAUGUUUGGCUGGCACCAAACCCUGAAUGGCAGCAGCACAUCACCAAUCAAGUGCCAGUUCACCUCCGUCAUACGCAUGGACUACAUGGUGUACUUCAACUUCUUUGGCUGGGUGGUGGUCCCCCUCACCAUCAUGACUGGGUUGUACAUAGAGAUAUUCCGUGUUAUCCGACGGCAGCUAAACCGCCGCGCUGAGGCUUCCAGCGACUCCAGCAAAUACUACCACAAAGAGCUCAAGCUAGCCAAGUCAUUAGCACUGGUGCUCUUUCUGUUCGCCCUCUGCUGGCUGCCAAUCCACAUAAUGAAUUGCAUCACAUACUUUUGCCCCAAAUGUGACUUGCCAAAAAGUGCUAUAUAUGUGGGCAUCUUCAUGUCCCAUGUCAACUCUGCCCUCAAUCCGCUGGUGUAUGCAUUCCGGAUCCAGCGCUUCAGGGCCACACUGGUUCAGAUUGUCCAGCGCUGCAUGCUCUGUAAAACUCAUGACCCCAGUCCAUACCCAUCUGGCCCUCUGCCUACCACCGAGAAAACUGUUGGCAACCUGUAG